UAACAAAACAGCCAAACAGGCCCUACUUGAUUAAGUAACCAUUUUUUCAUUAUUCUGCUAAAAAUAUCAUACCAUCAUCAUUCUCUCCUUCACCAAACCAAACUAUCUCAUCAUAAACCCUAACUUUUUUCUCUCUCAUCCGUUUUUUCUUGACCAGAAGUCGUCAAUUUGCAGAACAUUUCUCUUCGAUUCAAUUGGAGUAGUUACAAUGUCUACUCCCUCAAGAAAGAGGCUCAUGAGGGAUUUUAAGAGGUUGCAACAAGACCCUCCUGCAGGAAUUAGUGGAGCACCCCAUGAUAACAACAUAAUGUUUUGGAAUGCUGUCAUAUUUGGUCCAGAUGAUACUCCAUGGGAUGGAGGUACGUUUAAGUUGGCGCUUCAGUUUACAGAGGAUUACCCAAAUAAGCCCCCAACUGUUCGUUUUGUUUCUAGAAUGUUUCAUCCUAAUAUAUAUGCUGAUGGAAGUAUCUGUUUGGACAUCCUACAAAACCAGUGGAGUCCGAUCUAUGAUGUUGCAGCUAUUCUUACAUCCAUACAGUCACUGCUUUGCGAUCCGAACCCCAACUCUCCUGCGAAUUCAGAGGCUGCAAGGUUGUUUAGUGAGAACAAGAGAGAGUACAACCGUAGAGUCCGGGAAAUCGUGGAGCAGAGCUGGACAGCAGAUUAACAUCAUCCUCUGGUGCAACAGCAGCAUUUAAAACGCUACGAGGCAUGUUGCUAUGGCUUCCAUCUCUAAUCUCAAUGUAUACAUUUUAGAACAAUGUGCAUUCUUUUAACUUUACGCAUUCUGUCAAUCUGUGGAUGUCUGCUUCGUUUAUGUACAACUGUAUACGAAUGAUCAAAGUGCUGCCCCUUGUUUGUAUGAUAAUGGCGUUGAACAAUGUCAAUCUGCCGUAUUUUCUAGAUUGUCAAGUAAAAUGGGUGUUAAUUUUGAAUACAAGAAUCUUUGUCAAGUAAAAGAUCUGAGAUCUGAGAUAUUAAAGAUAUAGAAAAACAUAUUAGUGUGAUAUAUUUUCCAUAAUGAUAAUAGGAUGUGUUACGAUAUA